GUCUUUUUCUUUUCUUUAUUGUAAUGUCAUCUAACAAAGCUCAAGAUAGUUCUAAUCCUCCCAUAGGGACACCUCCCAACUGGUCUGAGAGUCAGGUGAUCCCAGCCUUCGGUAAUCGAGAUCGUGGAUUACAUGGAGGUGCUGGUUACCCUAAAGAACCCUAUGGUGGUCGACCAGAUGGUGGCUACGUUCCACUGAUAUUUGGUGGUGGUUAUGGCCAAUACAAAUACUAUCAGCAACAACAACCAAGGUAUGCCCAACAACAAGGUGGUGCUGGCAGUGGUUCUUCCACCUGUUUAACUGCUUGUUUGGGUGCACUUUGUUUUUGUUAUACUUUAGACAUGGUUAUUUAAAAAAAAAAAAGAA